AUGACGGUGGUGUUUUUGCUCUACUGCAUGAUCCAGCUUCGCGACGGUCUGCUUCUACGACCACACCCGGCGGUCUGGCGUGUGGUACACGGAGCGGGUCUGUUGUACCUCCUCGCGCUGGUGUUCAUCCUGGUCCAGAGCGAAAACAACGCCCGCCAGUUCCUCACCUUCUUCUAUCCCGACCUCGGCAAGCCACCAGCCGCAAACGACCUGAUCUAUGCCUCGGAUUGUCGUAUCUACACUCCCGAGCAGGAGAAUCAUUUCGCGCAUGUCACCUCCGCGUGGCACGACAUCUUCAUCGCGGCGCACGCCUUCGGGUGGUGGGCCAAGAUGGUGAUGCUGCGCGACUGGCGUCUCUGCUGGAUCCUGGGGAUCCUGUGGGAGCUCCUCGAGUACUCGUUCCAGCACAUCCUCCCCAACUUCCACGAGUGCUGGUGGGAUCACUGGCUCAUCGACCUGAUGAUCUGCAACCUCGCGGGCAUGGUGCUCGGGAUGGUCACUUGCCGAUACCUCGAGUCCUUCGAAACGCCGACACGUCACCAUAUCAAAAUUCUAGUCCGUCGAUACGACUGGACGGGUGCGUCGGAGGGCCCGGCAGGCAUCAGGACGCAUCUCAAGCGCGCGCUGGCCCAGUUCUCGCCCAUGCGAUGGACCAGGUAUGAAUGGUCCGUGUUUUCUUCGGUCCGUCGGUUCUUCAUGGUGGCGAUGAUGAUCGUCAUGAUGGAGGUCGUCGAGAUGAACGGCUUCUUCCUCAAAUAUGUUUUGUGGAUUCCGCCGGCCAACCCGCUGAACACGAUGCGUCUGCUGCUGUUCUGUCUUCUCUCCAUUCCUGCCCUGCACGAAUGGUACGCCUACGUGGUGGCCUUUGAGAAGACGCAGACCCGCCGACUCGGCAAGGACAUGUGGCUGGUCAUCGCCAUCAUGGGCGUCGAGUUUGCCGUGUGCAUGAAGUUUGGGUGGCGUUUGUUCAUGGUGGUGCCGCCGACGCCGGUCAUCUGGGGUUGGACCCUGUCGGCCAUCCUCCUGCUCAUUUGGGUGGCGCUCCGCUUCGGCAUGGCGCCCACACUCCAGAGCGGCAAGAAGAAGAGUCCUUGGCGAGUGACUGGCAUGAACCUGUUGUUCGUGGUUGCGCUGCUGCCGUUGGUGUGGCUGAUCUACACCCAGGACGUGGGCUACGGCGAGGUGGGCCGGGCCAUCCUCGCCAACCAGACGGCCCUCCCCCAUGUUGGUGCCUGA